UCUUCCACAAUUCUUUUAGUAGUACUAGUUAUCCACAGCUCCACGCCCAACCAUACUAUUGAAAGUGCCAAACCGAACUUCUGCAUCAUCAUGAUGCAAUUGUUCUUUCACUACUCAGAAAUCAAAGUCGCCAAGCUCAAAAUAUAUAAAUAGACGCUAAUUGUACUGCCGAGAUGUAUAUCAUCUAUCCUCCUGACCACCAUAUCCUACGAUCAUAGUCAAUAAUUACCGCUUCAUUCCCAGAACCAUGACGCACAAGCAUGGAAAGCACACACCCCGUCUUCACAAGUUGGGGAAAUGGAUGCCAUCCACUCUAGACAGCCACCACCAAUGGCUGGGCGGCCUAAUUGCCCACGUUGAUAGCAAAUCUGAUCGCGAGCUUCACCCAGUACUGAAAGAGUUUCAACAGCUCAUCGAAACCAACACUCGAGUCUUCCUUCUCAUUGAAGCUAUGUUCACCGAGGUCCCGCGCAACAGAGUCUACGCCACCGAUCCAACCGGGUGUCCUCAGAUCCGGGAUUACCAGCAUAUGCUCCGUGUACUGAACCAUCUUCUUACGACAGCACCUUCCUGGAGUGAUUUCACCCAUCGGGUCGGUCUCGUCGGGCUACCCAUUAACGCAGUAUUGGACUGGCCCAUGGGGACACCCAGUGGAUAUGCAGCGUUCCUGGAUCCGGACAUCAACGCUAUGAUUAAGAAGGUUCUCAAUGCUUGGGGCGAGUAUCUGAAGUCACCAGAGUCGGCUCAUGUACUAGAUGAUUCACAGUACGGGUGGUUCGGUGAAACAGGGAAGAAUAGCCUCAUCACCGUCGCCAAUGUAGGGCAGACAAACUAUUCCUUCGAGGAUAUGUUUGUCUGUGACCCUUCUCAGAAAUACCACGGGUACAAAUCAUGGGAUGACUUUUUUACCCGUGUCUUCCGGCCUGGUAUUCGGCCCGUGGCAUCCCCUGAUGACGACAAUGUCAUCGCCAACGCAUGCGAGUCGCAGCCAUACAAAGUAGCCCGCGAUGUCAAGGGAAGAGAUGUUUUCUGGAUAAAGAGUCAGCCGUACUCGGUUUUGGAUAUGCUGGCGCAUGAUUCUCUUGCUGAAAAGUUUGUCGGCGGAACUAUCUACCAGGCCUUCCUGAGCGCCUUGAGCUAUCACCGUUGGCAUGCGCCUGUUAGUGGAAAGAUUGUGAAAGCCUACGUCGUUGAUGGUACGUAUUACUCGGAGCCGUUGUUCGAAGGAUUAGGGGAUCCACGCCCCCAUGAUAUUGAUGCAGUUGGUGAAGUGACGGCCCAGGAGUAUAUUACGGCCACUGCGACACGGGCGUUGAUCUUUAUUGAGAGUGACAAUCCUGCCAUAGGGCUGAUGGCUUUCCUCGGUGUGGGGAUGUGCGAGGUUUCGACUUGCGAUAUUACAGUGUCAGAGGGACAGCAUGUGAGAAAAGGAGACGAGAUUGGAAUGUUCCACUUCGGCGGGUCGACACAUUGUUUGCUGUUCCGCAAGGGCGUCAAUGUACACGGGUUUCCAUCUACCGAGACUAACCAGAACGUUCCGGUAAGAGGCCAAGUGGCUGUUGUGACCCCUUGAGCCCCUCAGCUAGAGACAACCUAGCAUGUACAUAUAUAAAGAGUACUCAAAGUGUAUAUAGAACUGGAAA